GUAUACACACAAGAAAUCGACACACACCGUGCAUCACCAUCAACCAGAGUACGAGCUGUUCAGAAAAGCAGGUCCCCCACAAGUUGCCCAAACCCCCCAGGACAAAGGGCCCAAUGAAGUCCACUAUCACCAGCUCCUUUGACGUCACACAGUUGGCCUACGAAGACCCGGAGGAGCCAGUGCCGUCUGUCACAGAUGAAAGCCCGUCAGAGGUUAAAGUCAAGCCUGUGCCUCGUCCCAGGUCGAGAUUACAACCAAAGUCUCAGUGCAAAGACAACAACAACAGUGUUUACUAUGCAGACACAAGCAGCAAUACAGCCAAUGUGCUGCACUUCCCCAUCGGUGAAUAUUCGUCAGACUAUAAGAGGCCUCGGCCUCCCAGACCACCACUAAGCAUGAGUAUGAUCUCCAGGAAACCCACAAUCGACGCAGGCAAUCCCUACACGACUUCAAUCUCUGAGCCAACUAGUCCUACUGAGAGAACCCCCUCUCCUCCCCCGCCGCGGCCCCAACACCCCCCUCCCCCCUCAAUCGCUUCUAGAAGCUCUACAAUGAAGCCACAAUCUGAGACUGAUGAGAGUCAGCAAUCCAGUUAUUCCUACUUCAGCUUUAUGCCACAAUCUCCAGUCCCACCAGCUCUCUCUGAUGAAGAGGUGAACCUCUGCAAGUCUGGUAGUACAAAGGCCGCAAGCGGCAAAGAGAGACCUGCGGUUCCACCUCGACCCGGUCGGUCCUCCCUAUCCAGCUCUGCCUCUUUGUUUGGAACCUCGCCUACAAAGACCAGACCACCACCACCGUCCUUCUGCCCGCCUCCCCCUCCUUCAUCAGAGGAACUUUUGGAUUUGGAUUCAGCGUACAGUAAGAUCGAGCACCGUCCCUACCUGGACGUCCUGCCGGAGGACGUAGAUAAGCUGUCGCUCAGGAAGACGACAGUUGUCCAGUCGGUGUACUACUCUCCUUAUCCACAGACCAGUGAGGAUGCAGAGGACAUCAAUGGGAUGCUGAGAUGGUUGAAAAGAGUAUCAAAAUCUGAUCUGACUUCAUCAGUGUACGGCCUCAGUAUAGAGGAGGAAAUGAGAUUGUUCUGCCAGGGGGCGAUGAACGUGAGGAAGGCCCUGCGUCUCUACAACCUCCUCAUGAUGAAGCGCAAUGAAAGCAUGCGGAACAUCAUCACGGAGUUCAGCUCCAUCUCCGACAACAUGGACAAGAUGAAGAAGAAGAGCAAAACCAUAGACAUCGCUGGGGGCACCACGGGUGCUGUCGGAGGGAUGACUGCAGUCCUGGGUAUCGCCUUCGCUCCGGUGACCUUGGGCGCCUCGCUGAUUGCGACAGUGAUCGGUGCUGGUAUGGUGGCGUCCGCUGGAGGCAUAGGCGCCCACGCUGCCAAGGCCAAGAAGGAGAUUGUGAAUAGGAUGACAGUUGAGAAACUUGUAUACGAUUACAAGGCAAACGUUGUCGAUCUGGAACACUGCCUGGGCUUUAUCCUUGGUGGGAUGAAUGAAAUUCAGAGGCACGACAUUGCCAGGUUACAGAGGGCGGGAGCCCAGACGGAUUCAGUGAAGAUGGCUCACCUGUCACAGUUUGUGUUAAGCAAUAAAAUAAACCAGAACGGGGGGACUUCUCCUGCUUACACAUGUGGGAUGUCGUCGGAGAGACUGCUUCUGGCUUUUGCCAACGAAAUGGAUCUGUAUUUUAAGGGGAAGGACAGCCAGAAGCUGAAGAAGUCGAGUAAAAGCAAGUUUUCGGGCCGAGUUCGCCUGCUGGCUGAAAAUCUGCAGGAAGAACUGCAUAACCUGAAUCGUAUGUGGGAAAUGUUUAGUUGAAAUGAAGAGAACACAUAACUGUGUGUGUGUGAGUGUGUUUACGUGUUCAUGUGUUUGUGUGUGUGUGUGUGUGUGUGAGCGAGAUAUACAGAGUGAAGAAUAGAUUCCUUAUUUUGUAUUUGAAUACACAUUUUAUAUUGUGAUAGAUAUUUAUAUAUUUGGAUUUAUGUGUGACUACUUACAAUAUCUACUAUUUAAAGAAAGUUCAAGAUUGUUGUUGAACUAUCAUUCAUGGCUGUGAUAAAU